UAUUUGGGAUAAAAGCUUUUCUUUUUACUACUUAGUAGUAUAGAUUAAUUUUGGAUCGUCCGAGAUAUAUUGACUCCGCGACCAACUGCGCUGAUCUACGCACACAGAAGAAACCCUCCAUCGCCGGAAACAAUGGCGAAGCUCACACUUGUCUUCUUCCUCUCCUUUCUCAUCUUCUCUUCAUCCAUCGCUUUCCAAUCAGACGAGCUCCUCGUUGACGACGAUGAAUUUGGUCUUGAAGGUGCAAAGCCCCGCUCCACCGAUCUUUACACCUCUUCUUCUUCUUCUUCGCCGCAGCAGCAGCAACAGAGUCCCACUAUCCGGAGAAGGUACUCAGAUCCUACCGAUUUGGAUUCCAAAGUCCAAUUUACUCUCGAACAUGCCUUCGGCGACUCUGAUUUCUCCCCCGCCGGUACUUUCUCCGCUCGCCUCAAAACCUGGAGCCAUGGCGGAAAGACAUUAACAAAGCUACGGUUCUCAAGGAACAAUUUUUCUGCUGAAGAGAAAGAUGCAUUCAAGAAUCUGCUGAAAGGAGAUGACUUUUAUCGGAUUCGGCUUCCAUCUAAUGUGGUCUCUCCACCGGGGAGAGAGUUUGUGGUUGCAUCAGUGAGAGCUAGAUGUCUACCACGGGAUGGCUUGGAUGAGCAUUUCAUUAUACACAUGGAAGGUGCCAACAUCUUGGCAGUCAGUUAUGGUUCUCCUGGGGCGUGUCAAUAUCCUAGACAGUUCAAACUUCCAGCAAAAUGGUCGUUUAAUUCACACACAAUUCUGAAAAGCAGUGAGCAGGCGCCAAGAACUCCAAUAUUCACUGAGGAGAUUCUAGGCAGUGAGAAUGCAGAGGGAGAAGUUGAACCACCACCAGAGAGAUCAUUUUGGGCGAAAUAUUGGAUGUAUUUGAUACCACUGGGACUGGUUGUGAUGAACGCCGUAACCCAAGCAUCAAACAUGGCUGAAGAACCAACGGGUGGACAGGCCGGAGGCGCACAAGUGCAACAACCUGCCAGGAGAAGAUGAUUCCACUUUUACUUCUUCUCCCAUAGCAAUCAAAGCUGCAGCUGAUAAGAGAUGAUAAUUCAACAGAUCUUCAUGUAAGCCAUCUUUUCAUCAUUUGGUAACUUUUAAUUUUAAUCCUCAGUCGGUGUUUUUUAUGCAACAAAUGAAAAUCAAAAAUCCUCGAACUUGAUAGCAUCUUUGUUUAACUAGAGGCUUCAUGACAUCCCAAGAACAAAAACAUUGAGAAGCAUCAUAUCUUGUUUUGAUCACU